AUGCUACUAAGGGGAACAGAGGCCCCAGCCCCCACUGUGGCCACUCUGACCCCAGUAUCACAUCUCAGGUGCCAGGAACUAUGGGAGUUUGAGUGGGCCUUGGUCACCCGCCAUGCAGACAGGCAUGCACACCUGCAGAUGGAUAACCUCCUGCUUUUGCCCUCUGGCCCCCUGCCAUCCCCUUUCAGCCGGACCAGGGUGGAGCUAGAAGGAACGCAUUGCAUGGUGGAGGGGGUGAGUUGGGAGUGGUCUCACCGCUCUCAGGAUUCAGUGGAAUUGUGGCUGGUUUUGAAGCCCACCUGUUGUGGAGUGUUCUAA